AUGCUGGAGGGGAUCAGGCCCGUGGAGGGGCCAGGGGCCUCAUGGUGGCCCGUCGGAGCACUGUUGACAGCUGUGAUGCAGGUGGCCGGCCUGGGCAACUACGGGCUGAGAGGCACACGGCACAGCGUGGGCAUGGAGGUGCUGGACCAGCUGGCCCGGCAGCUGGCGGUGGCUGAGGGCUGGCGAGUGGACAGGCGGUGCUGUGCUGAUGUGGCCCUGGCCACAGCCCACGGCCUGGAGCUGCUGCUGCUCAAGCCACGGAGGUUCAUGAACCUCAAUGGGCUCAGCGUUGCCAGUGCUGCUGAGAUCUACAGCCUUGGCCCUGGAGACAUUUACCUGGUUCAUGACGACCUGGACAAGGCCCUGGGCAAGGUGGCAAUCAAGCUGGGAGGCAGUGCAAGGGGACACAAUGGGGUCCAAUCCUGCAUCAGUGCUCUGCAGUCCAACGAGAUGACCCGGCUCAGGAUCGGCAUCGGGCGGCCAGAGGGUGACAUGACAGUGCCCAACUAUGUCCUGUCUCCGUUCAGUGCUGGGGAGAGGGAGAAGCUGGAGCAGAUCCUGGCCCAGGCAGUGACCUGCCUGCUGCAGCACAUCCAGAGCCGAGCACCUACAGAGCCAGGGGACAAGGGCUGACACAAACCCCCCAGGACCCUUGUGGCUGAUGGACAGGGUGCUGCAGGCACUCUGGAGUGACGUGGUGGGGAGCAGAGCUGGCCCAGCCGGGCAGCCUGGCUGGGAGCUGGGGCAGCCUCCUUCCAUGCCCGCACCAAUCCAGGCAGUUCGUGUCUCACUUGAAUCCCUGCAGAGGCUCCAUGCCUCAGUUUGGCACAGAAAUUAAAUAAACCCUCACCCUGACUCUGCCCUGCUCCUGCCUCUCUUCCAUGUGCCGCUUGCCAAGCUUGGGUUGUCCUUGGCACUG